UGCGUAAUGUGUCCCCUUUAAAACAAAUCUGGUGUUUCCCCUCUCAGAUUAAACUAAUGACUGAUUAAAAACACCUGUUUAGUUACAUCUCAUGGAGCCACUCUGUGGUCUGCUGUGGAUCAGUGGCUGCAAACUGGCCAAUCUUCAGGUUUUGUUCCCCUGAAUGCCACACAGGAAGGAUUACAUUGUAAAUGUUCAGUCCUGAGUCAAACUCUCCUCUGUGCUGCUCACUGCUGCUGCUCCCUACGAGGAGGUGAUCGGUGCAACUUUCUCUGCUGCCUCAGCCUGAAAAUCAAAGAUGAGCUGCCCACAGAGUCCCUCUCCAACCAGAUGGUUCAAAGCGCUCCGCAGGAGCAGACUGGGCGAGCCCUGUUUGAAGACACACCCUUUAGAGUGUGUGGAUCUGCUGAGGAGGGCUAGGGAUGCCUUUCAGUCUGGACGGACCUUGAAAGAAGACUUCAGACUGGCCCAGCUGGAGGCUGUGGUGCGUAUGCUGGAGGAACACGAGUGUGACUUUGUGAAUGCUCUUGGAAGAGACCUUCGCAAGCCACGAUUUGAAACAGUUGUGUUUGAGUUGAUCACUGUCAAGAAUGAGGCUCUUCACGCCAUCAGCAACCUUAAGAAGUGGAUGCAGCCGCAGCCUGUGGAAAAGAACCUGUCCACCACCCUGGACGAGUGUCUGGUGAUCCGGGAGCCACUGGGGGUGGUGCUGAUCAUGGGGACCUGGUGCAGUCCAGUGCAGCUGUGUCUGGUGCCGCUGGUUGGGGCCAUUGCUGCAGGAAACUGUGCACUCAUCAGUCCAUCAGAGUACACUGUGCACACAGCAGAGCUCCUCCACCGCCUCGUCCCCUUCUACUUGGACAAUGAAUGCUUCCAUGUAAUUCUCGCAGGCAUUAGUGACUUGCCUGAGAUUGUGGAGCUCAAAUUCAAUCACGUUUUCUUCACAGGAAGCAGAGAGGAGGGCAGCAGGAUUGCUGUGGCUGCAGCUCGAACGCUCACACCCGUCACUCUGAUUCUGGAUGGCAAGAAUCCCUGUUAUGUGGAUCAGCACUGUGACAUCACAUCCACAGUGCAGCGCAUUGCUUGGGCCCGUUUCCACAAUGCGGGUCAGAGCUUACUGGCUCCCAGCUACAUUUUAUGCCACACAGGUGUAAAAGGGCAGCUGGUGCAGGCUCUGAAAUGCUGUCUGAUGCAGUUUUACGGUCCUGAUCCUAGAGAGUCCCGCAGCUUUGGGCGCAUGGUCAAUUUGGAGAUCUUCAACCGUAUGAGAGACAUGUUGUGGAGGUCAGGCAAGGUGGUGGUUGGUGGGCAGGUGACUGAGGCAGAGAAGUAUAUUGCCCCAACAGUUCUAACAGAAGUGGCAGAAUCUGACCCCAUCAUGCAACAGGACGUGUUUGGCCCAGUUCUUCCAAUUCUGACAGUAAAUGAUGUGGAUGAAGCAAUUGCUUUUAUUAACAAGAAGGAGAAGCCCCUCUGUGUGUAUGCAUAUUCCACUAACAGUAAGGUCAUCUCAAGAUUAAUGAGCGAGACUUCAAGUGGAAGCUUUUGCUCCAACGACUGUAUCUUGCAGAGUUUGAUGGUGGCCUUGCCUUUGGGUGGAGUGGGUGCUUGUGGAAUGGGAUCCUUCCACGGCCGCUACAGCUUCGACGCGUUCUCUCACAGCAAAGCAUGCUUGCUAAGAGGCACACGGUUUGAAUGCAUCACCUAUCUGCGUUAUCCUCCAUAUGAAGACCGCAAUCUGUCUCUAAUGACCUGGGCCUGCACCCUAUCCCAGAAGAGUCAGGGUUGGUGCCAGAUCAUGUGACUGUGAUGGGAAGAAGAUCAUACACACCUGAAAAGCUGCUGCUGGACUAAAACACGAGGAUAUAAUCCACAGGGGUCAUGUGACACCCAUCAAGACUUAUAAAAACUAAAUCUUUAACUCCAGUGUGGGAUUAAAAUUAAGGUUUAACUGAUAUUGUCCAAUGAAACUAAGAAAAAAUAAUGUACACAAAACCUUUGAUUUGUGAGCGGACAUUAACAAUUUUAAAACUUUUUUGUAUUUAGUAGAAUUCUGCAUUUAUAACAAAUUGAGUAUCUGCACACACAAGAAAAAAUGAAGAUCUUUGACUUUAGUGUGGUCACUCAGGUCUCUUGUAGAUCUUCUCUUCGCUGCCUUCCUUCAUGGCUGCAUAUCUGGCAAGCGUGAACAAGUAGUCGCUCAACCUGAGACAAAACGGGACACUUGUCAGGCUGGUAGAGAAGAAAAAGAUGAUCCCUUGGCUUUAUUACACAACACUGACCUAUUCAGAUAUUUGGCAACAUCUGGGUCUGCCUCCCCAGAACGUACAACUGGAGUGACACUGUGACAGGAACAUAAAACUGUCAGAGCAGGACAAACAUCUGAAUCGAAUCAAGUUUGUUGGCAGUAAGAGACCUGCGCUCUGCUCUCCUGCAGACUGUCCGAGCAAAGUGCAACGCUGCACUGCUCUUCCCGCCAGACUGUGAGAUACAAACCACACGUAUGAAAAUCUAGACCCUCAUAAAAUCUUUACAGAAGAAAGGAGGCUUACUGGUAAAAUAAAGUUGGUCAGAGGUGGAAGUUCUUCUGUGAAAUGAUCAAUCCAGGUUUCCAAGUCUGUAAUUGGCUGUGCAUUGAACUUAGUUUUCUCUAGCAAAAACAAAUUGAAACAGCACAAUGUCUAAGCACAAAGGGUAGUUUUCGUAAAUGAUACAGAUGAGCCAGAUUUAACCUACUUAUAUGACUUUCUCUUGCAGAUGAGUGAGGGGUAGCGAUGUUGGAGCCCACAUCUUGAAGAACGCACUGUAUCUGCAGUUAUAUAACAAAACAUCUCAUCUCUAGUGCAUGCACAAUAUUAACUGAAGUACAAUGUAAAAUCCAAACCUUGUCCAGCUGGUGUGUGAAUGUGUGACCUCUCUCAAGGCAGAAUUCUCUGGCCAGGCUGUAAAUUAAGACGGGAUGGUAGGAUUAUUCUACAGAGUAUAAAAUAUAUAUCACAAAUCUUAUAAAUAAAUUUUCACCAUGGUGACUUUAUAAUUUUUGUUUAAUUUUAACUAUUUAAAUGCAGACAUUUAAUUAAUAGGGUUUUAGGCUUCUAUUUGAUGUGAAAUGUUUUUUUUAAUAAAAUGUGCAGAAUAAAAACAUGCUACCCUA